GAGAGUUCAGAAGAAAAGAAAAAAAAAACGAGAUGUACAUCUCAACCGUCGAUCUCAUCCAACGGCUGCGAUCGCCUUGUGAUUUUUCUUGGCUCCCCCGGCAUUUUGUCCUACAUAUAUACCGGAUGUCUUCCGCCUUUGGUCACUACUCCAACCAACUGCCUUCUGUCUCUAUUCCCUCUUCCUCGUGAUUUUCUAGAUCUAACGAAGCUUCCUCAUCCAUGGCGAUCACCAUCGUUUCUGUCAAGGCUCGCCAGAUCUUCGACAGUCGCGGUAACCCCACCGUCGAGACUGAUAUUACGCUGUCCGAUGGCUACUUGGCCAGAGCCGCCGUUCCGAGCGGUGCUUCUACCGGUAUUUACGAGGCUCUUGAGCUCAGGGACGGAGGAUCUGAGUACCUUGGGAAAGGUGUCUCUAAGGCUGUUAACAAUGUGAAUUCCAUUAUCGGCCCUGCAUUGAUCGGCAAGGACCCUGCGGAGCAGACUGCUAUUGAUACCUUUAUGGUUCAGCAACUCGAUGGAACUGUUAACGAGUGGGGUUGGUGCAAGCAGAAGCUUGGAGCAAAUGCCAUCCUGGCUGUGUCUCUUGCAGUCUGCAAAGCUGGAGCUCAUGCCAAGGGCAUCCCACUCUACAAGCACAUUGCAAACCUUGCUGGCAACUCUAAGCUGGUGCUUCCAGUUCCUGCUUUCAAUGUCAUCAACGGUGGAUCGCAUGCUGGAAACAAGCUCGCUAUGCAGGAAUUCAUGAUUCUUCCCACCGGAGCUUCCUCCUUCAAGGAAGCCAUGAAGAUGGGUGCUGAGGUCUACCAUCAUUUGAAGUCUGUGAUUAAGAAGAAGUACGGUCAGGAUGCAACUAAUGUUGGUGACGAGGGCGGCUUUGCCCCUAACAUUCAGGAAAACAAGGAAGGUCUUGAGUUGCUCAAGACUGCUAUUGCCAAGGCUGGUUAUUCAGACAAGGUGGUUAUUGGAAUGGAUGUGGCUGCAUCUGAGUUUUACACCUCAGACAAGAAGUACGACCUGAACUUUAAGGAAGAGAAUAACAAUGGUGCUGACAAGAUCUCUGGCGAUGCCCUCAAGGAUCUGUACAAGUCAUUCGCGACAGAGUACCCUAUUGUGUCCAUUGAGGAUCCCUUUGACCAAGACGACUGGGAACACUACAACAAGAUGACCAGUGAAAUAGGAGAGAAGGUUCAGAUUGUGGGAGACGAUCUCUUGGUCACCAACCCCAAGAGGGUCGAGAAAGCCAUCAAGGAUAAGGCUUGCAAUGCUCUCCUCCUCAAGGUUAACCAAAUUGGAUCUGUGACAGAGAGUAUUGAAGCUGUGAAGAUGUCGAAGCGCGCUGGAUGGGGAGUGAUGGCCAGCCACCGCAGUGGUGAAACCGAGGACACCUUCAUUGCUGAUCUCUCAGUCGGUCUAUCCACGGUAAUUCAUGAUCAAUCUCACACCACCGGUCUUAGUUGCUGCUGACUUUGCUCGAGAAUCGUUUCACUCAUCUGUAUUACUCGAAACCACAUGCAGGGACAAAUCAAGACGGGAGCACCUUGCCGGUCUGAGCGUCUGGCCAAGUACAACCAGCUGUUGAGGAUUGAGGAAGAGCUGGGAUCGGAAGCCGUCUAUGCCGGAGCCAACUUCAGGAAGCCUGUCGAGCCAUACUAGAGAACUGAGGAGCGAGAGCGAUGAAUGGGACGCAGCAGAGGGUGUGUGGAUUUGACGGGCGGAUCUCGGAAGAAUCUUUUUAUGUAGGGUUCGGGUUGGGCGUUGUCCUUUAAGAUUUCGGUUUGAAUAAUUUUCUGCGAUGGACCCAAGUUGUCUUUUUUUAACUGAGCUGUUUUGUUUUUGUGAGGUUCUGUGAAUUUUGGUAAUGCUUAGAAGUAUGGU